CAGCAUAUUCCAACGGGAGCUGGAUCCGCGAUCUAGUUAAGUAUAUAAACCGGGCGAUGCGUCUUCAUCAGUACAGUUCAAUUCAACUUUUCUUCAAAGUAACUUGAAACAACAUCCUUAAAUCAGCAAUCAUGAAGUGCAUCGCAGCUGUAGUCAUGAUGGCCCUGGCCGUGGCCGCUGUUGAAGGAACCUACUAUAGCCCGUUGGCCUAUUCCGCCCCACUGGCCUACUCUCUACCGCACACCACCGUGGUUCAGGACAAUUCGUACACCCGAUACUUGGCCCCCGCCCCUCUGGCUUAUGCCGCCGCUCCGGCUCCAUGGGCUUAUCCAGCUGCCGCCACCUACAUCCAGCCAGCCCAGCCGAUCCUGCUGGCCAAGAAAGAGGCCCGCUAUCUGGCCGCCAACCGUGGAGCUGUCCAUGAUGCCCCCCUUCCGGGACACGAAAUUUCCCAACAGUCCCUAAAUCUGGAACCAGCACCAGGAACUCUGUAAAUUUUGACGACCUUCAAAGGUCUAAAGGUCGCUCGAGUGUACGAAUAGUCAAAUUGAGAUGUCGGUCAGUCGGAUUUUGUAAAAAUAUAUUUAUAUUGAAUUGAAA